AUGACUCAGGUCAAUUAUUAUGACCCGGAAGCACACUCCGAUGAUUUGGAUUUCCGACUGAAUGCGGCCUAUGAUCAUCAUGUGGAAUGGAAUAAAAACUUGAGCGAAUCCUUAGUGCAACCAGAAUCCCUUCGACUGCUGAAACCGGAGGAGCUUGUCCUAUGUCACAAAGUGAAGGACUCUAAAAUUCCGCCUUACCGAUGUACUCAACCGCAUGGCCGAAUUUUGUCAAAUAAAGUGGAGUGUUUCACUACCAAGGAAGAUGGAAGCCACAUCACCUCUUACAGACAUUGGGAAGAUACCACAAAAGUACCCAUUCACAAAGCGGACAAUGCCAUUUGUACUGCAGAAUUGAGCUAUAUGCUGUCCUAUUUGAUCUCUUUAUCAAAUAUCACCUCGGAUAAGCUGAGUGUUUUACGUAUUUUCAAAUAUUUUGUUUCUCAUCCAGUUAUCCCGGUCUGA